GGGAGUGUUACCAACAGACUCAAAGAGACAACACCUAGAGGACAGCUGACUGUACAGAAAUCCUCCUGACUUUGGAUUCUCAGAGUCUGUGGUCAUGAUUCAAAUUGGCUUUCUCUUUCUGCUCUUCCUCACAGAUGGAGUGUUUCCUGAGGAGAACUGUAGUUAUCAUGAUGUCUUGAGCUACCUGAAUCUGACCAAAAAGAAUGAGCUGUUCUCCAUGACCCGGCCGGUUAGAAACUACAAACGCCCCACAUAUGUUAGCCUUGAAGUACUUCUCUACGCCAUUCUAGACGUGGUUGAGAAAGAGCAGAAAUUCAUUCCAUAUGUUUGGACGGUCAUGAGAUGGCACAAUGAAUACAUUUCGUGGGAUCCAAAUGAUUUCUGUGGAAUUGACAACAUUUCUCUUCCUGCUGACACUUUGUGGAAGCCCGAUCUCACCAUUGAGGAAAUGACAGAGAAGGACAAAGCCCCUCCAAGUCUUUACCUCUCCAUCAACAAUAAAGGUGAAGUCGAGGUCCAGGACGACAUGGUGCUGGUCAGCUCCUGCAGGAUGCACAUUUAUAAUUUCCCCUUCGACAUACAGAAAUGCAACCUCACCUUCAAGUCUGUCAUACACACUGUCAAGAACAUCCGGCUGCAGGCGAGCGACAACUCCUCAGAGGCCACAGAGUGGUCUCGUGAGGUGAUGAGGACUCAGUAUGAAUGGCUCUUUCUUAACAUGGCUGUAACCACCAUCAACGCCACUGAUAUGAUCAGCCAAGACUUCAUCGUUUACACGAUCACCAUGAAGAGGCGAUCUAUUCUCUACAUUGUGAACUUCUUGCUUCCAGUCAUGUUCUUCUUGUGCCUGGAUCUGGCCUCCUUCAUGAUUUCGGACAGCGGGGGUGAGAAGCUCAGUUUCCAGGUCACUGUGCUGCUCGCUGUCACGGUGUUGCAGCUUAUUCUGAAUGAAAUUCUGCCAGCCUCCUCCAACAGGAUUCCACUUAUAGCGCUCUACUGCAUUGGGAUUUUUGCCCUGAUGUUGCUCAGCCUCUUGGAGACCAUUGUGGUGAUGUAUUUGAUGGAGAAGGACUACCCUUCCCAGGACAACACAUCAGAUAGAGACCAAAGCCUGAGUGAGGAGUGUAACAAAGAUAGAAAAGUUAACUUCCACAACCAUCACACAGACAUGAACCAAUGGACUCAGCGGGCCUGUAUCCAUGAUGGGUCCUCUUGUGAAACUCCAUCUGAACUCCAGGCCAUGGCCAAAGAGGGCAGCAGCAGCAAACUGAUGGAGGAGUUUCAUGUCUUGGAGAAGCUUUCUGAAGAGCUUAGGGAGAUCGAGAAGACACUGUCCCUGCUUCUCAAAAAUAUGAAGAAAGAGGAGAAGCCUGGUUACUGGACCAAAGUUGCUAAAAUAGUCAACAGAGUGUUCUUUAUUUUCUAUGUCACGGUGGUCACUCUCUUCUUGAUUGUUAUCUUUUACAAAUGGAACAGUGCAUAGAUGGUUAUUGCUUUAUGAUUCAAAUGUUGUCUUCCUAUGUUGCGACUAUAGAUUCUAGCUCUCAUGUGGCUCUACAUUUAAAGCUGGUUCUGAUGAUGCUCAGAUCCGUAAACAAUCUUUGCACUGAAGAGGGGAUUUAUUCUUCUCAUAUUACUCUGCUAGAAGAUGUGCACUUAUAAAAGCCACAUUUUCAACACUGUGGUUUGUUUCAAGGCUAAUGAGGAAAUGUGUACUCAGCUUUUUAAAUAUGUAUGGAGACUUAAAGGGAAUUAUCAGCACUGUUUGCAUGUUUAUGUAUCAAGCUUAUAGAGCAUACACACAUUGUUAGUUUAAGAUAUUUGUCUGGUUGUAUAAUAAAGUUCUGGUACACUUA